ACACCGCUAUCAACAAAGUUCUUUAUUUUAUUGCAUAAAGAUUUCAUAAGCAAUUCACUAAAAAGAAGUCUUCACAGUAAACCAAUAUUGUAGAAAACUAAUGUAUCUAUCGGCUAAAAUUGCAAGUAAAGUGCUGAGUGUCCUCGCUAGCUACUAAUAUUAAACCGAAUAUCAAAAUCGGGGAAUAUGAUUUCCAAUCAUGGACUGAGAACAAUUAGCCCAUUGUCGACCAGUGGUAAUUUAAAUACCCGACCUCAAAUGAUAAAACUUGAAGAAUUUUAACGCAGCUCAAGUGAAAGAUAUCAUGGUAAUCCUUUUUUGUAAUUAAAGAGCAACGUUGAAGCUACAAGGAACAUUUAAAAAAAUAAUUUUUUUCCGUGUUUUGACUCAUGGUGUUCAUCUGUUUUAAUAGAAUGGGCUUUAGUGGGCUAAGUUCGUUUUUUCCUCAGUAUAUUUUUAAAAUGAGAAAGUAUAUUUCAGUAUAUUUCUGAGGUCAGGCGGUACAUUUUAUCAAAAAAUUCGCGGUCACAUUGCCGCUAUCAACAAAGUUUUUUUAUUUAAAUGCAUCAUUUUUGACAAAAACCACUGCAAGAAAUGGCGCAAACGAAACUCACAGCAGCAAAGCGCCCCAGGCUGGACAACAGGCCGGCAAAUUUACAUGAAGACGAUGAGACGCCGUCCGUGUUCAAUCCGAAGUAUCGGGUGUGUCCCUACCUGGACACGAUCAACAGGAAUCUGUUGGACUUUGAUUUUGAGAAGCUUUGCUCCGUUUCGCUGACGCGGAUCAAUGUGUACGCAUGCUUGGUGUGUGGAAAGUAUUUCCAGGGACGCGGCACCAACACGCACGCCUAUACGCAUUCGGUGGGCGAGGCGCAUCAUGUUUUCCUCAAUCUGCACACACUGAGAUUCUACUGCCUGCCGGACAACUACGAGAUCAUCGACUCGUCGCUGGACGACAUCAAAUACGUGCUAAAUCCGACCUUCACCAAACAGGAAAUAAGCAAACUCGAUCUGGUACUGCCCAAGCAGUCGCGCACCGUCGACGGCAUCCUCUAUCUGCCCGGCGUUGUCGGCUUGAACAACAUCAAGGCCAAUGACUACUGUAACGUGGUACUGCACGCCCUCUCUCACGUGGGCCCGCUGCGGGAUUACUUCCUGCGCGAGCAGAACUACGCAAAGAUCAAGCGGCCGCCGGGCGACUCGAUGUUCACCUUGGUGCAGCGCUUCGGCGAGCUGAUGCGCAAAAUGUGGAAUCCGCGUAACUUUAAGGCUCACGUAUCGCCGCACGAGAUGCUGCAGGCGGUGGUGCUUUGGUCGAGCAAGCGCUUCCAAAUCACAGAGCAGGGCGAUCCCAUUGACUUUCUCUCCUGGUUCCUCAACACCCUCCAUCGGGCCCUCAAGGGCAACAAGCAGCCAAACUCCUCGAUUCUGUACAAGAUUUUCCUAGGCGAAAUGCAGAUAUUUACGCGCAAAAUGCCGCCCGUAGAGCUGGACGAUGCGGCCAAGGAGAAGCUGUUGGCCACUGAGGAGUACCAGGAUCAGGUGGAGCACACAAAUUUUAUCUACCUCACCUGCGACCUGCCGCCGCCACCACUGUUCACCGACGAAUUCCGCGAGAAUAUCAUACCGCAGGUGAAUCUCUACCAGCUGCUGGGCAAGUUCAACGGCAGCGCCGAGAAGGAGUACAAAACCUACAAAGAUAACUUCAUGAAACGCUUCGAAAUCACCCGAUUGCCGCAGUUCAUUAUCCUGUACAUCAAGCGGUUCACCAAGAACACAUUCUUCUUGGAGAAGAAUCCCACAAUUGUCAAUUUUCCCAUCAAGAACGUGGACUUUGGGGACAUUCUGGGCAUGCGACAGCGAGACAAGGAUGUCAAGGAUACCAAAUACAAUCUAGUGGCGAAUAUUGUCCACGAUGGUGACCCCAAGAAGGGCACUUACCGCGCCCACAUUCUACAUAAGGCCAACGGGCAGUGGUACGAGAUGCAGGAUCUGCAUGUCACCGAAAUUCUACCCCAGAUGAUCACACUCACCGAGUCCUACAUUCAGAUCUACGAGCGCAGUUCGGAUCCGUCAUGAUCCAUGCCCUAACCCCUCUCUAGUUUAUUAUUUGUACUGAAAAUACCUCCCUACCAUGAGCUAGAAAUACAAGCUAUAGUCCUUGUA